GCAGCGGCUGCAGGAAGAGGAGGGACUGUUGGCGCUGGGGCCGUCGGAAAAGCUGCUUCAUAGUCGCUUCCACCCUGCCCCCUUCGGUGUCUGCCUUGCAGUUCGCGCAGCGCCCCGUAAACAGCCCACAAGGGGAGGGGACGCGAAGUGCGACGCUUGAGCAAAGGCGCCUCCUCAGCUGUCAUGUCUCAGCCUACGAAAGGCAAAAAGGCUUCCAAAGCCAGCAGAACGCAUGGUGAUAAAAAUGCAGGCAAAGCAUCUGGAGAUAAGAAAAGCACAGAAGCCGCAGAGAAGAAACCUGCAAGCACUGGCAUCAGUGAAUCCCCCAAAACACACACAAGUGGAACACCUUCCAUCAGUCAGCAGACCACGCCAUCUUCCUCUGCUGUAACAAAGACAGCUGCCAUGAAGCCUUCUGAAACAAAGGCUUCUUCAAGCCAUCAACAGACCAGUGGAUUGGAAUCUCACAAAAGGAAGAGAAACAAGAAGCAGUCAAAAGCAAAAAUGGAACCUGAAAAAGCAGCACAGUUAAGCAAGCCACCAGAUUCUCAGAAAAAACAUCUGUCAGAAGAGAAGCAGAAAGACUCCGGAGGGACACAAAAUUCAAGCAAACCUUCUGUAGUAGCAGAACCUAACCAAACAAGUGUUGGAAAAGCAGCUGCUGGUCAGGUUGACAAGUCACCAAAGGAACCAUCAAUAGAAGAACCAAAGGCAAAAUCUGAGGAGAAAUCAUUGUCUUCCAAGGUAUCUGUUGCAGCUGCUGCCACAGCUGGAGCAGUUGCUGCUGCCGAUUUGACUUCUGCAGAGAGUAAAAAAAAUAAACUAGCAGCAACAACUCCAGCUGCAGCAGUAACAAACAGCAAGCCCUCUGAAAAGUCUGCUUUAGAUGAUUUAAUAGAUUCACUGGGAGAUCCUGAAGAAAAUGAGCCACCAAGUCCUGCAUAUACUGGACCACAUGUUUCGGACCCAAUGUCAUCCUUGUAUAUAGAAGAGCUUGGCAAACGAGAGAGUACCAUUCCUCCAGAGUAUAGGAAACUAUUGGAGGGAGAUGGCAAAGUAGUGCCUCCACCAAUGGCAGAGGGAGAAUCGCAGCCAACUAUGACAGAUGAUGACCUUGCAGAUGCUCUGUCAUCCGAUUUUACUUGCAGUGCUGUCCCAAGUGCCGGAGACAAGAAAACUGCACCAAAAGAGAAGACAGGAGAGAGUACAGGAGACAGUGACUUUGUGCAAGCCCAGUCUACAAAUUUGGUCAGCAGUUCAGCUCCUCCUAAAGAGAAGAAACCAAAGCUGGACGAGGAAGAAAUUAGUGGCAGUGCCCUAGAUGCUCUUGUAGAUACUCUUGGCAUGCCAGAACCAGAGCCUGAAGUCGACCUCAGCUCCAUCGUGGAAGUUAAAGAGCCAAAAGCCAAAGAAAAGAAAGAAAAGAGAACUGGUGAAUGGGAUGAUACCAUUCCUCCAGAGUAUAGAUUGCAACCAGCCUUGGAUAAAGAUGGGAAGCCUUUGUUAACAAAACCCGAAGAAAAACCUAAGCCUAUUAGUGAAUCUGACCUAGCUGAUGAAUUUUCCAAAGAUUUUGUCUGUCCACCUCCUCCUACAAAAAAACCAGAACCAUCUAAACCUACCGAUGUAACUAAGAAACCUGCAGCUGCUGAACCCCCAAAAGUGCCUAAGGAAAAAGGGGACAGUUCUGCUGCGUUUCCUCCAGCUGUUGCUCCAACUACUCCAUCAGCAGUUUCUACACCUUCAUCAUCUAAGCCCAAAAAAACACCUAAAGAAGAGGUGAUAUCCACAACUUGUGUAUCUUCUGUUCAGUCUUCAGCUCCAUUGGCAACUUGUCCAAGCGCACAAGUACCUGAUGAUGUGUUGGAAGCCUUAUCUGGAAGUCUAGGGGCAAAAGAGCCUGAUCCAGAAGAGAAAAAGCCAGCCGUGGAUAAAGUGAAGGAAAAGGCGAAACAAAAAGAGCAUGAGAAACUGGGGGAAGAUGAAGAAACUAUCCCCCCUGAUUAUAGAUUAAGUGAAGCAAAGGAUAAAGAUGGGAAGCCUCUUCUACCAAAACCUGAAGAAAAAUCUCAACCUAUGAGUGAAAAUGAACUUCUUGAUGCCUUAUCAGAAGAUUUUUCUUGUUCUUCAAAACCAGCAUCAAAGGCUGCACCUCAAAAACCUGCCACUGUUAGCAACCCCCCCUCUGAAGAAGUUGUUUCUUCUGCCUCAGCUUCUGCAGUGCAUUCAUCAGCUCCACCAGCAGCAGCCACCCCAGGUAAGAAAGAACUUGAUGAUGCUGCAGAUCUUCUUGCAGACUCACUGGGGCAAAGAGAACCUGAUCCAGAUGAAAAUAAGCCAGUUGUGGAUAAAGUAAAGGAAAAGGCUAAGUCUGAACACAGAGACAAAUGUGGAGAGAGAGAUGAUACAAUCCCUCCUGAUUAUAGGCAUCUUCUGGACUCAGAUGAGAAGGGCAAGCCUAUAAAACCAACAGGCAAGCGUGAAGAGAAACCGAAAGAACAAAAGAAGCCAGCUGAUGACUCAGCCGCUAUUGAUGCACUUUCUGGAGACUUUGAUAGUUGUGGGAAACCUCCUGUAUCUCAGCAACCACCAGCAAAGAAUGAAAAAGCAAAAGAUAUUGCCACAUCUAAAUCAGUACCAAAGAAUGAAAAGAAGUCCAAAACUUCCAAAAAGGCAAAGGAGCAGUCUUCCAGUGCAAAAUCUGAAAAACAAAAAAAAAGUUAAAUGUCACUGGGCCUUCUGUCACCAGUGCAAAAACUCUUCAUUUUGAUGGUGUAUAGCUGCAGCAACAACAAAGCUGUUCUGCAUAAGCAAGAUUAUUUCCUGGAUGGUUUUGAUAUUUGUGGUAUUUGGAUAUAGGCGUACAUUUUGCUAUUUUUAUGGAUGAACUAACUUUUUCUAGUCAUUUUACUGUCUUUAUUUUGUUAUUUUUCUUCAGUUCUGAGAGGGAAGGGAUGCUUUAUCUUUGUAAGAAAUGUAUUUCCUAUGGGUUUAAAAACAAUGCAAAAGUCUGCAGUUUUGCACAAGUCUACACACAGUGCCUGUAAAUCUCAGCGGAAUUUACUAAACCUGGGCUAUUUUUUUAGUCUAAUGAAUGCAUUAAACAUUCUGGAAUGAAGUUUGGAUAUUAUCUGCCUGGCGGUAUUCCUUUGGGAGAGUAGUUAGCAAUGAGUGAAUGGGAAAUUACAAAAAUGGGGAGAAAAAUAGUCACUGUUUCUCCUCCUCAGCUUCUAACUAUAUAGUGCUGAAUAUGAACACAGUACCAUCAAUAUUAUAAGUUUAAAUCUUGCAUCUUUAUCACCACCUUCAGUAUUCAUUUGCUGCCUCUGCUAACUGUCUCUGGGAAAAAAUUAGCAGUGCAUCAGAUAUAUCAAAGAAAAACAGUGGUACUUCAGAAGAGAUGUAAUUUUGUAAUGCCUGUUUCAUUCUUUGACUGACAUAAUUGCACGAGCCAAUCCAGUGACAGAAUUGUAUCUAUUCCAGCUUGUUACAUUGGUUCUCCUUCCUCCCAUCUGAGAAUUCAGAUGAUGGAGAAGUUGUUGCCUGGUGUAAGUGUCCAUAGCACAGCUGAUUUGAAGGUGUUUUGUCAAUUGCUUUUGAAUGCAAUACUUGUUCAAAUGUCCAUUCCCCCCCCCCCCCUUUCCCCAGUGGUAUUGUUUGCAGUAAGAGAGUGGCUAUGGUUCUAAUUGCAGGUUUUGAUAUGCUUUGCACUUUGAGUAGCAAAUUUCCCCUUGAUUUGUAGAGCACCUUGUUGGUGUAAGGGACAAAGUCUGCCCCUACUAGAUAGUUUUCUAGACCACCACUGAUAGAUACAAAUGUCACAGUGUACCAUACAAUCAUCCUUGCAACCACUUUUGAAUUGAAUGGCCAUUAAGAAAUGGCAGGUUUCCAGCAUACCUCUUGUUUGUUUCUAUGCAGAUAUUCUCAGCGGACUGUUUCCUUCAUCCUGAGGAAAAUCAGAAUUCUGAUUUGUCCUUACCAUUUCUAAUGCUCAUGCUAUACUGUAUUUUAAAGUCUGCACUGAGAUUGUGUUACAUUAAUAAAGGUUUUAGAAUUUA